GUCAGGUUCAACGAAUUUGCUCCCAUUUCCUCGCAACACUCUUCGAUUGUAUUUAUAGUUUUCCCCAUUGAGUCUUGACUGCGUGCUACCUCGGGCUCGGGCGUCCACAAACUCCCGCUCCAAAGGCAAACGGCCGCUUCUGGUCAUGGAUUUCUCCAGGCGCUCCGAACGGGCCGCCCAGACUGCGGCUUGGGGCUCUCGAACAAAAAGCCCAGAGCUAAGGCAGCCGGACGCGCAAUGCGGCGAGAAGCCACCUCGGUCCAUGGGUGGACGGCUCAGAGACAACGGAAAGCGGUGCUUCAGCCUCCUCAAGCCUUUCAAGUUGACUCGUUGGCCCCAGGCAUAUACCAAGGAUCUCUUUAUACCUGGUGGUAGGCAGCCGCCGUCUUCUAUCCGCCCAGUUGGUGCUUCAACCUUCUCGCGCCGCUUCACCAUGUCCGACUACACACCGAGGCUUCCUUCGUUGGAUGAUGGCAACAUACCACACGACCUCGAUGCGGUGCCGAGUUACGAGAGCCACGCAGAGUUCCACGCUGCGGAUGUGACAACAAUGAUGCGACACUCUGCCCUUGUUGAACGACGACCGUUGAGAGACUCGACGUCUCGCGACACCGAAUCUGCGUCAAACACCAACAGUUUGUUUUCUCUGGACCUUGAAGGGUCCAUCAAGAAGCCACGCCAAUGGCUUGGCCGGAUGAGAGGGUACACAAUAAAGAGAUGGGAUCGACUAUCUUCGCCGCUUCCAGGCACCUCGGGUUCCUCAGGCCUGGGUGAUCUCCUCGGUGUGGGCAGCCAAUACGACGCCGCCAACAGAUCCGCCACGCCAGCAGUGCAAGCAAACAAUGAGGAAUCAAAUAGCCAAGGCCCCCCAUUUCGUCCCGUGUCCAACACUCGACUCCCUGAGCAGGAUUUGAGCACUAUUCCUCGCUCUCUAUGGGCCGCAAGAUUCAAGCGAACCUCCAACUCCGCCCCCCCACAAGACGGUCACGCCGACUGCCCAGGCACCCUGUCUGACUCAGAGUUCCUCGUGAGGACUCCAAGGAGGCUCUCCAACGACACUGCCCAAAGAACACCAUCUGUCGUCGACUCAGUAUUUACCAGGCCAUCAUCUACAGUGUCUUCGGCGACUAGCUGGGAUUCUAUCGGCAGAAGCAGCACUCAGACCCGGUUGCUGUGGAAAAAGAACACGUCGUGUUCAUCAAUAUCAAGCAACAACAGGUUUUCGACAGGACAGCUUCCAGACAUAGACCUGGAUGCACAUCCUGUUCCACUCAUACCGCCAGCGGUUACCGCGUGGCCUUCCCGCUCCGUCGAUUCGUGGGCCGCCGCUCUGAACCAUUCCAUUCCUGACCAAAUCACCGAUGCGGGACGAAUGGCUCAACAGCGUCGUGCAAAGACGAGUCGCAUAUCAGAAAUAUUCGAGGACGACAUACCCGACAUCAUGAACUUCAAGAAAGACCCUUCGCCACUGGGACCUGAUAUUUGCGCUGACAACCUAGAGGCUCCUCAAGAACCUGCCCUAAGCACCAUCGACGAGGGCAACUCGGAUGCUGGCUGCUCAAUCCUCGACGUUCCGAUACAGUACCAAAGUUCGAUGGCCAAGGGCGACAACGGACUCCUGUCGAUUCCUCGACGCCCUUCAACUCGAGACGCGAGGUCAUGUGUUGGAACAGACACAAUGACAGAGCUGAGUCAACCGACGUCGGCAGAGUCGAGACAACCCGGCCUGACUCCUGGUACAUCUGUUGCGGAGACCGACCCAGACGAUUCAGACGGCCAUGAUAUGAGUGAAGACGACGAGUCAAUGUCAAACGUCACAGAUGAGACAGACGAGUCAUUUUACGAAGCUUUUGUUGCUACGUCGUUGGAUCCCGGUCUUCUCCACGCCACAAUCACUCUCAAAGACCACAUCGCGUCCCUAGUCCUGGCAAGAGUCACAGACUGGGUGAGAUCGUGCUCCCCAGGACAACCGUCUGGAAGCGGCUCACCCAGCUCUGCCUUUAGAGCCAAUUCUGGCACCGGAAGCGGCUCUGGCUCGACAGGUCGGGAUGGCGCUGGGAGAAAGAGAGGGUUCGAUGAGUGGAGCCCCGGUGGUUCCGACAGAGGAAACGGGGAUGAUCAAGAUAAGCGCCAGAAGACGAACGAUGAUCUGGCACAAGAAGGGGCGGUAAAGAUGUCAUCGAGCUUCGCAUGCCCGUUUCCAAAACGGCACCCCGAUAAGGAAUGGCCACGAUGUCAUAGGGGUUUUUCCGAAGUACACCGCGUCAAGGAGCAUAUUUACAGACGUCACAAACUUCCCAUUUCUUGCGACAGGUGCUUCCGAGCGUUCAAGGAAGAAACGGAGCUCACAGAGCAUCGCCGCGAAACCGAUCCUUGCAAGGUCAUCCCCCGUCCCGAGGAACUGCUCGGUGUCGAUAACGCCAUUGUCAGCAAGCUCAAGUCAAGGAAAGGCGCGAGAAAUGGCACCCAGGAAGAAAAAUGGGAGUACAUGUACAAGACCAUCUUCCCUGACGUCCAGGACACCGAGAUACCUUCCCCCUACUUCGAGUUGCAACUCCUAGGAGUCUCAAUCACCCCCGAAAUGCAAGUUGAGCAUCGUCGAUUCAUCCGGAAGGAGAUCCCUCCUCGGGUUAUAGGCAGCAUAACGCGGAAUCUCAACGAGAUGCCAGAAUUCCGAGACAAUCCUCAUUUCUCGGAGAGGAUACUGUCCGAAGUAAUUACCCGCGCGGUAUGGGACGCAUUUGACCACGUUUUUCCCAGUCUUCUGCCACAAUCAGCACCUCCAGAGACACCUUGUCGUGACCGGUCCUCGGCUGUCAGGAUGCAGGCUCCAGCCAUGCCAACCAACACCUUCACGUUGCAAUCUGCGCAACCUGCCAACGCACCUAUACCCGAGGGGCUGAUGCAAGCGUCCCUGCGAGUGCCCGAGACCAUAACUCUCAAGGAACCAACCUAUCCCAACAUGCCACUCAAUGCAUGGUCUACACAAACAUACGACCCUCUGCCGAACUCCUCUGGCCAUGGUGAUUCCAUGGGCGGCCAGCAACAGCCCCAGCCAGCUGUCGCAGGAUCUGGAAGUCAGAAUGGCCGGCCCUUGUCUUUCCUAAGUCAGUCCAAUGAGUUUCAGUUUGUAGAUUUCAACGACUGCCUCGAUUUUGGUCCAGAUGAGGCUUAUUCUUGAUCAUCGGGGCUCCAGCUUCGCUGCUCAACCAGGCAACCAAGUGCUGGGACGGAACUGGUCACUGAGCUUGUGGGGCGGAAGAAGAUUGCAUAGAGUGCAGGUUAUAGAAUCUGGAGAUACGAGGCGUUUGGAAAUGUACGGUAAAUAUUUUGACGAUGCGAGUGGAAAUCAAUGUUGAUAGCCAUGUUUGGAUGAUAUUUCUACGUCUCAAUAAACUAUACCGGGCAUCGCCGGGACCUACCGA